CAGGCGGGCGGAGGAAACGUGGGAGAACAUGAAAGAAGAAAGCACAGGCAGUAUGGUAUUAUUAGUCUUGAAGAGGAAAUUACAACCAAACUCUGACUAUGAUGGCUUUCUGUUGGUAGUGGCUUCGGUGGUGGAAGUGGGAAUGCUUAAUUGGCUUCCAAGACAAGCAAAAAUCAUUUAAAUCUACACGAAAAGAAAGAGUGGGCGAAUCUGGACUCGGUCUCAGUUCUCAAACCCUGGCCUUUGACCCUCUGAAAUUCAGAACUCAGAUAUUCAUUAACAUAGCAUGUUCUUCCUCAGCCAUGGUACCCAAGCUCAUUUCCAUUUCCAUGCCCAACCCCAUGCAUGCAUUCCUUAAUUAAUACUAGUUCCACCAGAAAGUAAAAACUAUAACCUCUUCUUCAUAUAUUAGCUCAACUGGGAAACUGCGGCGGCUAUGGCUUCUGUCCGGCCGCUCUUCUUUCUGGCUUUCUUCUUAGCAGGAUUUCGUGUCAUCUCCUCUUUCACUGACUUCAACGACGCUGCAGUGCUCCGAUCUUUGAAAGAAAAUUGGGAAAAUGUACCACCAAGCUGGAAAAAAUCAGACGAUCCCUGUGGAACACACUGGGAGGGAGUCACGUGCAACAAUUCUAGAGUGACUGCAUUGGGAUUGUCCACCAUGAGUCUAAAAGGGAAACUAGAGGGUGACAUUGGGGGGCUUACUGAAUUGAGAUCCUUGGACUUGUCAUUUAACCAAGAUCUUACAGGUUCUCUCUCUCCACGUUUAGGGGAUCUGCAAAAGUUGAAUAUUUUAAUCCUAGCCGGCUGUAGCUUCAGUGGUAGUAUUCCAGAGCAGCUGGGAAAUCUUAAGGAACUGUCCUUCUUAGCUUUGAACUCAAAUAACUUCACCGGUAGAAUACCCCCUUCUUUGGGAAAUCUCUCCAAUCUCUACUGGCUGGACCUGGCAGACAAUCAGCUUACUGGACCUCUCCCUAUUUCAAGCCCUAACAGCUCUGGAUUGAACCAACUUCUCAAGGCCAAACAUUUCCAUUUCAACAAGAACAAGCUUUCAGGUCCCAUUCCACCUGAACUUUUUAGCCCUGAGAUGGUAUUAAUACAUAUAUUAUUUGAUGGAAAUCAAUUUACUGGGACUAUUCCAUCAACAAUAGGACUUGUUCGGACACUUGAAGUUCUUCGACUUGAUAGAAAUUCUCUGGAAGGAAGAGUCCCAUCAAAUCUCAACAACCUUACAAAUAUCAAUGAAUUAAACUUGGCCUACAAUAAAUUGUCGGGCCCUAUACCGGACUUGCGUGGAAUGGUUAACCUUGAUUAUGUGGACCUGAGUAAUAACUCAUUUACACCAUCUGAAGCUCCGCUUUGGUUCUCAACCUUACCAUCACUCACCACUUUGGUUAUGGAGUUUGGAUCACUACAAGGGCCUGUACCAGAAAAGCUUUUCAGCUUUCCACAGAUAGAGCAAGUGAAACUGAGAAAUAAUGCUUUCAACGAAACAUUGAGCAUGGGUACCAGCGUUGGGCCACAGCUGCAGCUUGUUGAUUUGCAAAACAACCAGAUUUCCUCAGUAACAGUUGGUUCAGAAUACAAAAAUACAUUAAUACUUGUAGGAAAUCCUGUGUGCACCACCGGUAUCUCAAAUACUAAUUUCUGCCAACUUCAGCAACAAUCUAAAAAGCCAUAUUCUACCAGCUUGGCUAAUUGUGGAAGUAAAUCAUGCCCCGCGGAACAGAAGCUCAGCCCUCAGAGUUGUGAUUGCGCGUAUCCUUAUGAAGGGACUUUGUAUUUUAGAGCACCCUCGUUCAGGGAACUGACCAAUGUUAAUAUUUUCCAUUCCCUGGAAAUGAGCCUGUGGACGAAACUAGACCUUACUCCUGGUUCAGUGUCUCUUCAAGACCCCUUGUUCAAUGAAGAUGACUAUCUUCAGGUGCAUCUAGCUCUCUUUCCGUCUACAGGAAAGUAUUUUAAUAGGUCAGAGAUUCUGAGGAUUGGGUUUGAAUUGAGUAAUCAAACUUACAAGCCACCAGAAGAGUUUGGACCAUAUUAUUUCAUUGCAUCUCCUUAUGUUUUCCAAGAACAUAAAGGGGUUUCAAUAAGCUCUGGUGUAGUUGCUGGGAUUGCAAUUGGCUGUACCUUUCUGGUUUUGGGCCUUGUGGUAGUAGUUGUAUAUGCCAUUCGGCAAAAGAAACGUGCAGAAAAGGCCAUUGGAAUGAGCAAACCGUUUGCUUCCUGGGCACAAAGUGGAAAAGAUAGUGGAGGUGCACCACAACUAAAGGGAGCAAGAUGGUUCUCAUAUGAUGAACUCAGAAAGUGCACCAAUAAUUUCUCUGAAAGUAAUGAAAUUGGAUCUGGUGGCUAUGGCAAGGUUUACAGGGGUAUCCUCUCUGAUGGACAAGUAAUCGCAAUCAAAAGAGCUCAGCAAGGAUCAAUGCAGGGUGGGCUAGAGUUCAAGACUGAAAUUGAGUUGCUUUCCCGUGUUCAUCACAAAAAUCUUGUCGGCCUUGUGGGAUUUUGUUUUGAGCAAGGAGAACAGAUGCUGGUUUAUGAAUUUAUGCCUAAUGGAACGCUUAGGGAAAGCCUGUCAGGGAAAUCUGGGAUUCAUCUUGAUUGGAAGAGGAGACUUCGUAUUGCUCUUGGCUCAGCAAGAGGACUGGCUUAUUUACAUGAGCUUGCAAAUCCACCUAUAAUUCACAGGGAUGUCAAGUCGACCAAUAUUCUAUUAGAUGAGAAUUUAGCAGCAAAGGUUGCAGAUUUUGGCUUGUCUAAGCUUGUCUCUGACAGUUCGAAAGGCCACGUUUCAACUCAGGUUAAGGGUACAUUGGGUUAUUUGGAUCCUGAGUACUAUAUGACUCAACAGCUGACUGAGAAAAGCGAUGUGUACAGCUUUGGAGUAGUUAUGCUGGAACUGAUAACGGCAAAGCAACCGAUUGAGAAAGGAAAGUAUAUUGUCCGGGAGGUUCGAAUGGCAAUGGAUAAGAAUGAUGAAGAGCACUAUGGAAUGAGAGAACUAAUGGAUCCAGCCAUUAGAAACACCACAGCACUUCAUCUUAUUGGGUUUGGAAGGUUCUUGGAGUUGGCCAUGCAGUGUGUUGAAGAAUCAGCUGCUGAUCGACCAACUAUGAGCGACGUUGUAAAAGCAAUUGAAAUCAUUUUACAGAACGAUGGAAUGAAUACAAACUCAACAUCAGCCUCAUCUUCUGCAACAGACUUUGGAUCUUCAAAAGGGGCUCUUAGACAUCCAUAUAAUAAUGAUGCUUUACCAAAAAAGGAUGUCAAUGACAGUACUAAUAAUGCCUUCGAUUACAGCGGUGGAUACACCCUUUCGGCAAAAGUUGAACCCAAGUAGUAGCAAUUCUAGUAGGAAUUUUAUUUCCCCAUGUUUAUUUCUUUUUUCCUUUUUCUUUUUCUUUUUCUUUUUCCUUUUUUUUUUUUUUUUUAUUCCUUUCUAAUUACCAUUUUUCUUUUCUUCAAACAGAAAAAAAAAAUAUUAUUGUUACCUUCUAAGUGCAUAUAUAUAGAUAUAUGCAUGCAUGCAUGCACUUUUCUA